AUGAGUAUCGGGCUACGCAACCUUCACCAGGCCCAAAGAUGUAUACUACAAAGAUGCCAGCUAUCGACCCUUCGAAACUUGCCCAAAGUUGGUGACGUCAAAGGCACAGAGGGUAACCCACUGGGUGCUACAGGCGGUGCAAAGAAACCAAACCGCUUCGCUCAGAUGUACAGCAACGCGGACUCAGGACCACGGGGCUUCAAAAGGACAAACCAAAAUGCAAAUUUCAAGUCACAAAGAAAGUUUGUUGACCAGAGCGGCAAGCCAUCGAGAAGAGACACAGAAGGGCAAGUUCCUUUUGCCAAACGAGAACAGCAGCCCAGAAGAGAACAGCAGCCCAGAAGAGAGCAGCAGCCCAGAAGAGAGCAGCAGCCGACUAACAAGAACCAAACCAAAGCCACAAGUAAUGAAUCGGGUGGAAGUAUACAGAGGUAUGCACAAAUAAGGCUGAAGUUGAACCAGCAAAUGAAGGAGCAGCAGGGUACAGCUAGUCAGAGCCAAGCAAAGAAGCCCCAGAAAAAGGUACAGAGCAAGCCAAGAGAGAAGAAGAAAGAAAACAUCAAAAUCAACAUUCCAACAUUCACAACGGUAUCUAAUUUGGCUAACAUCAUGAGUGUUCCAUUGUCAGACAUGCUUACCAGACUUGAGGGUCUUGGGUUCGAAAACAUGAGCCACAACUACAUUCUCGAUAAGGAAAAUGCUUCUCUUAUUGCAGACGAGUUUGGGUUUGAUGUCACCAUGAGCGAUGAAACCGGUAUGGAUCUCUUCCCAGCACCUGUAAAGGAGGAGCUUCUUGAGCCCAGACCGCCAGUGGUCACCAUCAUGGGACAUGUGGAUCAUGGUAAGACCACAAUUUUGGACUAUUUGAGGAAAUCUUCAGUGGUGCAAGGCGAGUUUGGUGGUAUCACUCAGCAUAUAGGUGCUUUCUCCGUGACAACACCCAUAUCGAAGAAGAAAAUCACAUUUCUCGAUACUCCUGGCCAUGCUGCGUUUUUGAGUAUGCGUGAAAGAGGCGCCAUAGUCACUGAUAUCGUGAUUCUUGUUGUUGCCGGUGAUGACUCUGUGAUGCCACAGACGAUCGAAGCUAUCAAGCAUGCAAAGAAGUCAGGGGUUCCUAUCAUAGUCGCCAUCAACAAGUGUGACAAGCCUGGUCUCAACCUAGACAAGGUUUUGGCAGACUUGUCUCGUCAUGAUAUUGAUAUUGAAGACUAUGGUGGUGACACACAAACUGUCAGAGUUAGUGGAAAGACUGGUAUGAACAUGGACAAACUAGAGGAGGCAGUUAUCACUCUCAGUGAACUAAGUGAGUUUAAAGCCGAAAGUAAAGGCGUCCCGGCAGAGGGAUGGGUAAUUGAAAGUCAAGUUGUCAAAGGACUUGGAAACGUCUCCACUGUGUUGAUCAAAAGAGGAACUGUCAAACCGGGAAGCUUCUUGGUGGCUGGGACAACUUACUGCAAAGUACGAGGCAUGAAAGAUGAAAACGGCAAGACAGUUAAGGCAGCUGGACCAUCCACUCCGGUUCAGAUUUGGGGCUGGAAGAGUCUUCCUCAGGCGGGUGACCAAAUUUUGGCAGCUGAUUCUGAAAAACUAUGUCGUAAGGUUGUGAAGAACAGAGAGGAAAGAAAUGCUAUCAUACAACAGUCGAAGGACAUUGAAAAGAUCAAUGAGAUGAGACAGGAGGAGAUCAAUGAGCUCAAGAGACAGGAGAAGAUCAACGAGCUCAAAUUGGCGGGACUUGACCCUCUGGAGUUUAUGAAGGAGGAAGAGGAUAAAAUCAAGACAGUUACUGUCAAUUACAUUGUGAAGUCCGAUGUCUAUGGGUCAGCGGAAGCAAUCAAGGAUAGUAUCAAUGGGCUUGGAAACGAGGAGGUCAAGGCGAAGGUUGUUUCGUACGAUGCCGGUCCUCCUACGGACUCAGAUGUUGAUACCGCUGCCACAAUCAAUGGUAGCAUUUUGAGUUUCAACGUAAAAGUUCCUAGGCUGAUUCACCUAAAAGCCGAAAGAGCUGGUGUAAAGGUUGUGGAAGAUAAUGUGAUAUAUCGGUUGAUCGAGCACGUCACUGAGGAGUUAACGUCGAAAUUGAAGCCUCACAUCGAAAUCAAGAUUCUUGCUGAGGCUGACAUAAAGACGGUCCUCCAGAUUACUGGCAAGAACAAGACUCAAGUCAAGGUUGCUGGUUGCAAGGUGAACGUCGGUAACUUAAAAAGAUCAGCAAAGGUGAGAGUUGUAAGAGGAGAAGAGGUGGUCUACUCUGGAGCACUUUCUUCCCUCAAACACGUGAAACAAGAUAUCUCGGAGGCCAAGAAGGGCACCGAGUGUGGAUUAGCAUUCACCAACUGGGACAAAUUUGAGGAGGGUGACAAGAUAGAAGCAUACGAGGAACACGAGAUUCCACGCUACUUGUAA